UUCACUUGUGCACGGACUCAUUUUUCUCUUUUCCCUGCGCAGGUUCAACUUUAUCCUCCGUAGCUUUUGUUAGUUCGUUUGUUAAACGCAGGCUUUGCUCUGACAUAUUUGGACCGAGCGGUACUUGCUGAUUUCUUUGUGGACUGCCUGGUUUUCACUGGAGGAAACGGACCGUGAUUCCGACGUUGCAGCCGGAGCGACAUGAGGGCAGGGAAACUUCAGAGUCCUAGGAUGGACAUACCUGUCAUCAUUUUGUUCAUCCACCUAACCCAAACUCAGAUUAAAGCAUUGGUGGCCAGCAGGCUGGAAGAAGACGCCAGGUGUCCACUUGGCCAGUUUCCAUGUGGGAACAUGAGUGAGUGUCUCCCUCAGGCUUUGCACUGUAACGGAUACAAAGACUGUCCCAACGGAGCUGAUGAAUGGCGCUGCGGUGACAACGUCGGACUGGCAGACUUCAUCGGAGGAACCCUUCAGAACAUGCCUGUCAUGCCUCCCUUUCUUAAUGAGUGCUUUUUGCAGGAGUAUCCAGAAAGUUGUGACUGCAUACAAACAGACGUUGAGUGUGUGGAGGUCAACCUUCAGGAUGUUCCUGUGCUCUCUCCAAAUGUUACCUGGCUGUCCCUGAGGAGCAAUAAGAUCAGAGUGUUGUCUGAUUUUGUUUUCUCAGAAAACUCUGGACUGAAGAGACUGUUUCUACAAAACAACAGCCUCCAGUUCAUAUCCAAAAAUGCCUUCAGUGGCCUCUACAAUUUGAAAAAGUUGUUUCUCAGUGACAAUUUGAUAACCUCCCUCAAUCCUGGUGUGUUCAAGGAUCUGAAUCAAUUAGAAUGGCUGAUGUUGGAUCAUAACCCACUUAGCAGCUUGUCCCAGGAUACCUUCAUUGGGCUCCAUUCCCUCAUGUACCUAUCCAUGGUGGACACCUCCCUGGAGCAGCUUCCUCAUCCAAGCUUCUGUCAACAUAUGCCUGCCUUGGACUGGCUGGAUCUCGAGGGAAACCAGAUACAAACUCUAAACUACUCUAUCUUAAAGACAUGCAGCAAACUUGAAGUUCUAUUACUGAUGGACAACAGGAUCAUACGAAUUCCUGAAAACACCUUCCAGUCUUUGCUGAAGCUGGCUGAGCUGAAUCUGUCUAGCAACAGGAUCAGGGAUCUGCCAAAGAACACCUUCAAGAGUCUCUCCAAGUCCCUCCUGAAACUAAAUAUAUCUCACAAUCCUCAUCUAGACAUUCACCCGAGCCACUUCAACCACCUGACGCAACUUCAGUCCCUGGCACUGGAAGGCAUUGAGAUCUCAGAUAUUCAGACUAAAAUGUUUCUUCCUAUGAAGAACCUCUCCCACAUCUAUUUUAAGAAGUUCCAGUACUGCUCGUAUGCACCUCACGUCAGGUCCUGCAAGCCCAACACAGAUGGCAUCUCAUCAUUCGAAGACCUGCUGGCUAACAUGGUGUUGCGAGUGUCUGUCUGGGUCAUGGCCUUCAUUACUUGCUUUGGUAAUCUCUUAGUCAUCGGCAUGAGAUCACUGAUUCGAGCAGAGAACAACCUGCAUGCUGCGUGCAUCAAAGUCCUCUGCUGUGCAGACUGCCUCAUGGGGGUUUACCUGUUUUUUGUUGGAGUUUUCGAUGUAAAGUUUCGUGGGCAGUAUAAUCGUAAUGCCUUGCUGUGGAUGGAGAGUGUGGAGUGUCGUACUAUUGGAUUCCUGGCCAUGCUCUCCUCACAGGUGUCUGUUCUGCUCCUGACCUACCUGACGCUUGAGAAAUUCCUGGUUAUUGUCUUCCCCUUCAGCAAUCUGCGUCCUGGCAAACUUCAAAUAGUGGUGGUCCUAUCUUCUAUCUGGGUGAUGGGAUUCAUCAUCGCUGCUGUGCCGCUUAUGAAUGAGGAGGUCUUUGGAAACUACUAUGGACGUAAUGGGGUCUGCUUUCCCCUGCACUCUGACAGGCAAGAAAACCCUACUGCCAAAGGAUAUUCCACAGGGAUUUUUCUAGGUCUAAAUCUGGUGGCAUUCCUGGUGAUCGUCUUCUCCUACUCCAGCAUGUUCUACUCCAUCUAUAAAACAGGCAUCAAUGCAACAGACGUGAGGAGCAGACUGCACAAAGAUGUGGCUGUGGCUAACAGGUUUUUCUUCAUAGUGUUCUCUGAUGCCCUCUGCUGGAUUCCCAUAUUUUUGGUGAAAAUUCUCUCACUGUUGGAGGUGGAGAUACCUGACACAAUCUCCAGCUGGGUUGUUAUCUUCAUCCUUCCAAUCAACAGUGCCUUGAACCCCAUCCUCUACACCUUGACCACAAGCUUCUUCAGAGAACAGGUGGAAGUUUUGCUCUGUCGCUGGCAGAGGGGACACACCCUAAAGAAAGACCGCAAAAGCCUCACCUCCUCCACGAUCUUCAUGGAGACAGCACGGACAGCUUGCUGCCAGCCGCCAGCCUACCUCCAGCAGGUGUCUCUGAUCAGCCCAGAUCCUCGGUACGCCUGAAAGAGCAUUUUGUAAACUGAUAUUUUCUAAACAAUGGGUCAUUGGCCUAUUUUUUGCCGCAUUUUUAGACUCCCACAUGACAACAGCACUGUUUUAACAAAACAGACUUCCACGAGGAAAACAGUAACAGUCACUGUGCUGUUUCAUGAAGCUCUGACAUUUAUUAAAAAAAAAAAAAAAAGCUUUUGUUUUCUAUUUAUAGGCAAAGCACCUUGGGCAAAGUGUCUUACUCUAAAGGCUGUUACAUACUCCAUGAGAAGCAAGAACUUAUUUCUUGUUUGUGAGAAUAAAAUGA